AUGUCAAACUCUAUUGUCCAAGCAUUUAAGAGCUUGAAUGUUUCAUCCGCUCAUAGUGUAUCGGAACACGAAACAAUAUACGAUGUAUCGUACCAAUAUUUAUCAAAUAUCAAACAUUUUAAUGACUUAAUAUCUUUUCAUAAUUGUCUUGUUGCAUUAAUUAAUUUAGAUAGGUACUACAAAGCAUUUGAAUUAAUCAAGCAAGUUCCAGAAGAUGUACAUACUGAAUUCGUCCUUGAAAAAGCAUAUAUCUAUUACAAGACUGGCAACUCUAAAUUAUUGUUAGACAUUUACAAUAACGAUGAUUUUUCAAAUAACCCUAUAUUGUCAAGAGCUUUGAAUCAUAUUGUGGCCCAAGACUACUAUAGAAAUGGUAAUAGUGCAAAAGCAUUAGAAUUAUACGUGCAAUUGAUUCAAUCUAACAAAGAGAUGGAUAAUUCGUUGGACUUAUCAUGCAACGAAAGGGCAAUUAUUCACCAGCAAAACUUGAUGGAUUUGGUUGAUGUUCUGUCGUUGACUAAUUCGUCAAUCGAAGAAUCGUACGAUUUAUUAUUUAACGAUUCUUUAGUCCAUUUAUCAAGAGGAGAAUAUGCUACAGCAUUAGUUUUACUUGAUAAGGCAGAACAGAAAUGUCAGGAUCAGAGUGACUUAUUACAUGAAGACGUGUUGUUAGAAUUGGCUCCAAUAAAAUUAACUACAGCCUAUAUUCUUCAAAUUACCAAUAAGACGGACGAGGCUUUGAAAAUUUUGAAGGAGUUGGAACUUGAACCUAUUAAUGAUUUAAUUGUCAAGUUGAUCUUAUCAAAUAAUCAUUAUUCAAUAACCGGUAAAAGCAACGACAAUGUUAAUUUUAUGCAUCGUGAAUUAAAUUACCAAUACAACUUACAUCAUUUACAACAAAAGUUAACGAAGCCGCAAUAUCAUGUACUAAUUAAGAAUCACUUGUUGUUGUCGUUUUUUUCCGGAAGUUUAUCAAAUAAGUCUUCAUACUUGAAUUCUAAAUCAAUAGAUCAAUGGUUAGAAGAUUUCCCAGGAGAUUACACCCCUGUUAUGUACAAGGUGUUAACUCAGUUAAGUAUUGAUAUUAAUGACCUUUCAAAUUCAUUAAAUCACAAGCAAAUUUGUAAGAAACUAUUUAAAUUUGUUUCUAAUAAUAAAGUCGAUCAACAGGUUAUUGCAGCCACAUUAUUAUUAGUUUUCAUAAAUUCAAAGCAAAACCGUUUUGACCAAUCCAUGAUUGCUUUGGAGAAAAUCAGCAACGACCAAUUUGACAACGAAAAAAUUUUACCAGGGUUAAUUGGUGUAUUAAUUAAGCUCUAUGAAGAAUUAAAUUUGACCAAGAACUUGGAAAUUUUAUUCAAUAAUCUUGUGGAAAAGUUUGUGAGUACCGAUCAUAAUGUAAUCCAAGACGAUGUUAAUUACUAUAACUUUGUCAAGAUCAUUGGCUUCAAAUUAUUGAUCUUACAGAAUGAAAAUUCAUCGAAGUUGUUCAAUUUAUUAAAUCAAAUUAACCCUGAUGAUGAACUUGUUUCCACCGUUUUAAAUAAUUCUUCGAAUUCAAAUUUAUCGCCUAUUUCAAAGUUGACUUCCUCCACCCAACCAAUUGACGAAUUGUUAGCAACAAGUAUCGAAACUUUGAUCCCAAUCAAGGAGCAACAAAAACCGAUCACCAAACCAAAGCCUUCUGUAAACAAGGUCAUAAAGAAAAACAGAAAGCCGAAGUUUUCUUCCACUAAAGUCGUAAAGCCUGAUGCAGAAUUCAAUGCAGACUCGUUAGAUAAGGAAAGAUGGUUACCAAUGAAGGUUAGAUCUUACUACAAACCAUCUAAGAAAGAAUUGAAGAAGAAACUGGGUGGACACCAAGGUGCUGUAGAAACCCCAGCUGUUGCAUCGAGCAGUGUAUCAAAUGCAACUAAUACCAGCUCCAAUAAAAACAAGAAGAAGAAGAAGAAGGGUAAGAAAUAA